AAAUCUGAUAUAUUCGCGGAAGUGUGCGACAAGUGAAACGUCACCAGGGAUCGUAAUAGUUUCGAGCUACCAAAAAACAGAAUUAUCAAGUAAAAGUCUCCAUUAGAGUAUGCCAGGCAACUUCUCUUAGCUUUUUCGAACAACGUACUUCAAGUAUGUUUAAGAACUGGGGAACCUGGCUCGGAAUAGAAAACGAAAAUGGCCAAGUUAAAGGGGAAACCGAGAGUGUUGCUAGUGGCAAUGAGGCGAACGGUCCUGAAAUAAACAAACCGACGGCUGUAGUUGCUGAAGGUGAACAAACUACUGUUGGGGAGGAAGAUGCUCCGUCGCCUCAACUUCUCCAAAAAGCCAAAGGUUUCAGUGGUUACAUAUAUAAUUUCGCCAGUAGUGCCUCAAAGAAACUGUCAGAGUCCGUUGUUGAAACAGCACACAGCUUAAAGAAAACCGUGGAGGAAGGAAACAUCAGUGGAAUUAUUGAUAAGACCAUUUUGGGUGAUUUCAAGAAAGAACAAGAGAAGUUUGUUCAGGAGAAAAAUGCAAGAAAGUUUGGAGAUGCUGUUCCACCAUGGGUUGGUUAUAAUGAAGAGGACACAAUCCAGCAGCAGAUUUUAGCUCUUUCAGCUGACAAAAGAAAUUUUUUGCGAGACCCUCCUGCUGGGGUGCAAUUUCACUUUGAGUUUGAGCAAAUGUAUCCAGUCGCCAUGGUGAUGCUGGAGGAAGACGAGCUCCUCAGGAAGAUGCGCUUCCAUCUGGUCCCCAAACAGGUGAAAGAGGAAGUAUUCUGGAAAAAUUACUUCUACCGUGUGUCUUUGAUAAAGCAGUCAGCUCAGCUCACGGCUCUCGCUGCACAACAGGCAGCUGUGCAGAGGAAUGAGGAGAAACCUUGCUCCAGUCCUGAGGGUCCUCAUCAGAACGAUGCGGUUAAACAGAAAACUUCCCCCGCCACCCAGAGUGCCACACCAAAGUCAAGAGAGGAUGAUGAGGAGCUCUCCACCAGUCCCCCAGUGCCCGAGUUUGUAAGCGAUGCUUUUGACUCAUGCAAGAUAAAUGAGGACGACUUGCGCAAAGAAAUGGAACAGCUGGUCCUGGACAAGAGGGAACAUCCAAACACACACCAGGAAGACACUGCAGACUGGGAGAGAGAGUUGCAGGAGCAGCUUCAGGAGUACGACGUGUUGGCUGAUAACGAGAACCCUGAUGACAAUUGGGACAGAGAGAUUGAAGAGAUGCUGAAGGAGGACAGUUAGGGCUCCCCCGUGUUUAACAGUGAGAUGGACAUCUGUGUGGUGAGAAAGAUGGAAUCAUUUAUCACAGUAUUGGACAAGAUUUAGACGAAGCACGCUGACCUAGAAAUGUCUGUUACGUGGCGACAUCCGUAGCAACAAAAACCACUGUGAAUUUACUCAGUGUGUGGAAGAAUGUGGUGUUUCUCUGUUCUGUGGUUAUAAAGGAACGUUUUUGAGAUAGCUUUAGUAGCAAAAGCCAUUAUAUGGGUUUGGGUUUGUCCUAAUUAAACAGAAACUAGACCAGUAAUACCAAAUGUCCCAUAUUAAGUGUAGAUUCUUAGCCUGGAGACUUUGAUGUGCCUUUCUGGAUUCACAGACAUAAUAUGAACUAAAUCCAGUGAUAUUUUCUUGAAGUUUUGAGAAUCUGUUGUGACUAAGGAAUCAUAUUUAUCUUAUGACUGAGUCCACUCCUUUGUCACCUGCGGUAUAUCUAUAUAAAUGUAAAGUUAUAUUUGUGUCUAAUGUCUUUUCUAAUGUAAUUUUUUAUAUGCAAAGGUUAGGAUUUAGCACAGUGUACUAAAGGGCUCUGGCCUCUGUUCAUUUAUUGAAUCAUUUUGAUAGAAUAUAUAAAAAAUUAUUGCAAUCAGAUGCAUUUUCUGCACUGUGGAUGUUGGUGUAAUAUACUCUGUGGAGACAAGCUGCCGUCUUCCUGUUUACACCAGGCCUUAUUCUAAAAGACAGAGUCACAAUCCAUUUCUAUAUUUGCAUUUGUGCAAACUGCAGUGUUUUAAUUUGUACUUUGAUUAAACCUUAAUUUUAGUAUUA